GGGCCGGGGCUGCGGCCACGACCGGGACCGGGACCGGGGCCGCCACCGCCACCGGGGGCCCGGCCGGAGGCGCGGGAUGGGACGGCGGGAGCUCGGCGCGGCCGCCGUGUAGGAGCGGGCGGCGGCGGCGGCGGGGCCGGAGGCGGAGCAUGUCGUGGUUCAGCGGCAUCCUGGUGCCCAAGGUGGACGAGCGGAAGACGGCAUGGGGGGAGCGCAACGGCAAGAAGGGUGCCCGUCCCCGCGCCAGCCUCUGCGGCCCCCGCUACAUGAGCUGCCUGCAGGACCCUGAGAUGGAGCGGGGAGGGGGCCCCCCCCGGGGGCUGCACUGCACCUGGCAGGAGGAUCACUACGGCAAGAAGGGGCCCGCGGGCGACCUGGGCCUCAAAUCGGUGGACCUGUGCUUGGAGGACGGCGAAGCCAAAGCGCCGAAGCGUGCCGGGGCCCGGCCGGCGGCCGGCGAGUGCUGGCGGCGGCUGCUCCAGGUUUUCCGCUCCAAACGCUUCCAGUCGGCCAAACUGGAGCGGCUGUACCAGCGCUACUUCUUCCAGAUGAACCAGAGCAGCCUGACGGUGCUGAUGGGGGUGCUGGUGCUGGUCUGUGGGGUGAUGCUGCUCUUCCACUGCCUGCCCGGCUCCCCGCACGUGCCGGCCACCGCCGCCUUGGCCUGCGCCACGGCUCUCUUCCUGCUCCUCAUGGUGCUGUGCAGCCGCAGCGCCUUCCCCCAGGACUACAUGUGGGUGGUGAGCUACGUGGUGCUGGGGCUGCUGGCCGGCGUGCAGGCGCUGGGCACCGUGGCCGUGGCACCGCGCAGCGCGGCCGAGGGCGUCUGGUGGAGCGUCUUCUUCAUCUACAUCACCUACACGCUGCUGCCGGUGCGCAUGCGGGCGGCCGUGCUGGCCGGGGCCCUGCUCUCCCUGCUGCACCUCGCCAUCGCCUGGCACCGCAACGCCGGCGACCCCUUCCUCUGGAAGCAGCUCAGCGCCAACGCCCUGAUCUUCCUCUGCACCAACGUGGUGGGGGUCUGCACCCACUACCCGGCCGAGGUGUCGCAGCGCCAGGCCUUCCAGGAGACCCGCGGCUACAUCCAGGCGCGGCUGCACCUCCAGCGCGAGAACCGGCAGCAGGAGCGCCUGCUGCUGUCGGUGCUGCCCCAGCACGUGGCCAUGGAGAUGAAGGAGGACAUCAACACCAAGAAGGAGGACAUGAUGUUCCACAAGAUCUACAUCCAGAAGCACGACAACGUCAGCAUCCUGUUUGCAGACAUCGAGGGCUUCACCAGCCUGGCCUCGCAGUGCACGGCCCAGGAGCUGGUGAUGACGCUCAACGAGCUCUUCGCUCGCUUCGACAAGCUGGCAGCGGAGAACCACUGCCUGCGCAUCAAGAUCCUGGGUGACUGCUACUACUGUGUGUCGGGGCUGCCGGAGGCGCGGGGGGACCACGCUCACUGCUGCGUGGAGAUGGGGGUCGACAUGAUCGAGGCCAUCUCGCUGGUGCGCGAGGUGACGGGCGUGAACGUGAACAUGCGCGUGGGCAUCCACAGCGGGCGCGUGCACUGCGGCGUCCUGGGGCUGCGCAAGUGGCAGUUCGACGUCUGGUCCAAUGAUGUCACUCUGGCCAACCACAUGGAAGCCGGGGGCAAAGCCGGGCGGAUCCACAUCACCUGGGCCACGCUGCAGUACCUGAACGGGGACUACGAGGUGGAGCCGGGGCACGGCGGCGAGCGCAACGCCUACCUCAAGGAGCACAACAUCGAGACCUUCCUCAUCGUGGGCUGCAGCCAGAAGCGCAAGGAGGAGAAAGCCAUCCUGGCCAAGCUGCAGCGGGCUCGAGCCAACUCGAGCGAGGGGCUGGUGCCGCGCUGGGUGCCCGAGCGCUCCUUCUCCCGCACCAAGGACUCCAAGGCCUUCCGGCAGAUGGGCAUCGAUGACUCCAGCAAGGACAACCGUGGUGCCCAGGAGGCCCUGAACCCCGAGGACGAGGUGGAUGAGUUCCUGAGCCGGGCCAUCGACGCCCGCAGCAUCGACCAGCUCCGCAAGGACCACGUCAAGAAGUUCCUGCUCACCUUCCAGACACCUGACCUGGAGAAGAAGUACUCCAAGAAGGUGGACGACCGCUUUGGUGGCUACGUGGCCUGCACCCUCCUCGUCUUCUGCUUCAUCUGCUGCCUCCAAAUCGUGGUGUUCCCCCACUCCCCGCUGAUGCUCGGCGUCUACGUUGGCAUCUUCAUCCUCCUCGCUGCCAUCCUCUUCGUCUGUGCCAUCUACUCCUGUGUCACCGGUCCUUGGCCCCCCUCUCCCCAGCUCUUCCCCACGGCUCUGCAGCAGCUCUCCCGGAGGAUCGUCCAGUCCCGCACCUACAGCACCGGCAUCGGGGUCUUCACCAUCCUCCUGGUCUUUGUUGCUGCCUUCAUCAACAUGUUCGCCUGCAGCCGCGUGGCCCUGCAGGACUGUGCUGCCCACGAGCUCAACAUCACCCCCGAGGCCGUGGGCCCCUGUCAGCUCCGGGCCCUCAACUUCUCCCUGGGGACCCCCAUGGGCCACUGCCACCGUGCUGGGGUGGUCUGCCACUUCCCUGAGUACUUCACCUACAGCGUGGUGCUGAGCCUCCUCGCCUGCUCCGUCUUUCUGCACAUCAGCAGCAUCGGGAAGCUGCUGCUCAUGGUGGCCAUCGAGGCCACUUACCUGGUGCUGGUGGAGGGGCCCCAGGCCGCCCUCUUCGACAACGCUGACCUGCUGGUGGUGGCCAAUGCCCUGCCUUCCUUCAACAUCACCCAGGGAGCGUGCCCGGCGGAGGGGAAGGUGGCCCUGCGCUACGUCACCCCCGCCGUCCUGGCCGUGUUCGCGCUGGCGCUGUACCUGCACGCGCAGCAGGUCGAGUCCACCGCCCGCCUCGACUUCCUCUGGAAGCUGCAGGCGACGGGUGAGAAGGAGGAGAUGGAGGAGCUGCAGGCCUACAACCGGCGGCUGCUGCACAACAUCCUCCCCAAGGACGUGGCGGCGCAUUUCCUGGCGCGGGAGCGGCGCAACGACGAGCUCUACUACCAGUCCUGCGAGUGCGUGGCCGUCAUGUUCGCCUCCAUCAGCAACUUCUCCGAGUUCUACGUCGAGCUGGAGGCCAACAACGAGGGCGUCGAGUGCCUGAGGCUGCUCAACGAGAUCAUCGCCGACUUCGACGAGAUCAUCAGCGAGCAGAAGUACCGUCAGCUGGAGAAGAUCAAGACCAUCGGCAGCACCUACAUGGCGGCCUCGGGGCUCAACGCGUCCACGUACGACCGCGAGGGCCGCAGCCACAUCGCGGCCCUGGCCGACUACGCCAUGCACCUGAUGGAGCAGAUGAAGUACAUCAACGAGCACUCCUUCAACAACUUCCAGAUGAAGAUCGGCCUGAACAUGGGCCCGGUGGUGGCCGGUGUCAUCGGGGCCCGCAAACCCCAGUACGACAUCUGGGGCAACACCGUCAAUGUCUCCAGCCGCAUGGACAGCACCGGCGUCCCCGACCGCAUCCAGGUGACCACAGACCUGUACCAGGUGCUGGCGGCCAAGGGCUACGCGCUGGAGUGCCGGGGGCUGGUCAAGGUCAAGGGCAAGGGGGAGAUGACCACCUACUUCCUCAAUGCUGGCCCUCAAGAGAGUUAGUUGGGGGGACUCACGUGGUGCCCCCCAGUCCCCCCCCUCCCCCCAGCCCCAGAGAUCAGGAAAACAUCCCCAAAUCCACGUAUUUAAGAGGAAAAAGGGAGAAAGGGCCAGGAGGGAGGUGGCUGGGGGGUGCCCCUGGCUGUGCCCCCCAUGGUUGGGGGGGUGUUGGGGGGCAUUCCCCAGCCCCACACCGCGGGGGGUGGCAGGGGGGAGGGUGCAGCGUGUGUGUCCCCCCCUUUGUCCAACCCCCCCCCAUGUGCCAAAGAGGGGAGGUGGGUCCCCGGGGAAGGGCGUUGGGGUGAGGGUCUCCCCAGCCCCUCCGUGUGCCAAACUGAAGUGCCACCUGCCUGGGGGGGCGCAGGCACAGCACCGUUGUGCCCCCCCUCCCCUGCCCUUCACCGGCCAGGGGGUCCCGCUCCCUGCUGGGGGGCUGCCUUGGGGCUGCCUCUGUGGAGGGGGGGGGUGUGGGGCACCUCCCCCCUUUUAAAUGCAAAAAAAACCCCAAAUAAUAAUGAAGUGACUUUUUAUUUUUUCCUUUUCUUUCUGUUUUUUGAAGCAGUUUUUUUUUGGGGGGGGCGCUGAGGGGUGGGGGAGGGGAGGAGGCAGCACCUCCUCUCCCCCCCCUGCUCGUGCCAGCCCUGAGGUACUUUGUCCUUCGUGUGUACAGAUAAAUUAUAUAUAAAACUCACUUUGGAUACGA